AUGGUAAGAAGAGAGAGAAUGAAAAGCCUGAAUUGGAGAUAGAAAGAUAGAGAGAGAGACACCCUCUUCUCCCUUGGCUCAGUUCACAGCCUCAGCCCUCAACAAUCUGCAAAAAUAAUUGCAAAAAAAGGGUAUCGACUACUGUUUUCCGAUCAAUACUGAUAUUUUAGGCCUAACUGCUUUCUAAAUUUCAGUCUUUUAAAGCUCGGAAUCUCUACGAAUCUCAUCCUUUUACUCUCGUGUGGUUAUGGAUGCAUUCGACAUGGUUUCCUUUACCACAGGCCUGCGCAAAGGAUUUGGGUGAUCCACAUUCAGUACUGCGGCUUUGGUUGUUCCAUCAAGACAUUUCGUUUCUUAUCUCUUUUAAGUGUAUAACCUUUUUCUGCCUAUCUGAAACACUAGUGUGGUACUAAUACGAUGUACUUGUCGGGAAAGGGAGCUUCUUCUGGUGACAAAAACCUUGGUGCUUCAAAAUUAACUUUGAACCCCAACGCCACAGAAUUUGUUCCUUUUGCUCUGAGAUCACCUGUAGCUGGCUCUAACAAUGCAGAGGGAUCCUCAAAAUUUGUUACGUCCGCAGCUUCUGGCCCAGGGAAAGGAAUAUUAGACAGAACAGAGUCAUCAGUCUCGAACAAUUCCGAUGACGAAGCCCAGCAAUACUGGCGCAAUCAGCUCCCAGAUGAUAUUACUCCCGACUUUAAGGUCAUGGGUAUUGAUGAUAAUCAAGGGAUCAAUAACCUAUCAUUUUCAGGCCUAUCUUUGACUGAUGCUAACGAAGGUCCAAGAUAUUCUUCUUCAAUAUGUAGUGGUUUUAUGUUGAAGGAACAACAAGGAUUAUCUCCUCGCCCUGUUAAUGGAAACAGUCAUGCCGAACAGCUGAGAUAUCCAGUUUCAUCUUAUGGAGAAUACCUGUCACCAACAAGUUAUCAUUCAUCUCUCUCUAAGCCUUGGGACCAACAGAUUGUCAGCAACGAUCAGCUUCUUGCAAGAGAAGGGACUGAUGGGAAUCCAAGACAUGGUCUUCUAGCUGAUAUGUCAAGUGAGCAAUUAAUGCUAGAUAAUUCAGAUGUGGGCCCUCUAGAGUUCCUGGCUUCACAAUUCCCUGGUUUCGCAGCUGAAAGUCUUGCAGAGGUUUAUUUUGCAAACGGAGGCGAUUUAAACCUAACAAUUGAGAUGCUUACUCAGCUAGAGCUUCAGGUUGAUGGUGGCUUAAAUCAGACUCUUACUUCAAAAACUGUAUCUGCUCCAAAUCUUAAUUCAAUGGAUUUUCCUGCGCUCUCUGUGAGAGAUUGUCAAAACGAUUUAGGUAUUCCCCAAAAUGGCAGCCCCUAUCGCUCUCCAGAAAAGCAAGGCUCAUUGCUGUUCAGAUCCAAUUCCUUUGUUCCAUCAAGAGGCGCUACGGAUUUUGCUUCGGCUGUCAGGAAAAUGGCUCCUCAAGAUUCUAGCAUGUGGAAAUACGAGAGAAAUGGGUCUUCAGAUGCAAGCAUUGGAUCGAGUCGAAGCUCUCACGUACUGGCAAAUUCAUACAACAGUGGCCAGGGGAGGGGCAUUUAUGGUGAUAGGUUACAAAGCCGGGGAUCAGCUCGCUCAUCUCCUGUCUGGCUUGAAACUGGAGAUGCAGUCGGUAAUGUUCAUAGGAAAUGUUGCUUUUACUUGCUUUUUAAUAUUUUUAAUUCUAGGAGCAUGCAUUCAGCAUUCUACAAGUAUACUAUAUGCUUUAACGUUAUUGACGUGGCAGCAAACAUGUACUCUGAAAUGCGGGAGGAAGCUCGUGAUCAUGCACGUGUGCCCAAUGUAUACUUUGAGCAGGCACGACAAGCGUACCUCGUUGGUAACAAGGCCUUGGCCAAGGAAUUGAGCAUUAAGGGACAGCUGCACAAUAUGCAGAUGAAAGCAUCUCAUGGGAAAGCACAAGAAUCUAUUUUUCGCCAGAGGAAUUCGGACAUUCCGACGAACGGGAGGGAACAGAUGAUCGAUCUGCACGGUCUACAUGUGAGUGAAGCUAUUCAUGUCCUCAAGCGUGAGCUGGCAGUGAUGAGGAACGCAGCUAGGUCGAUGGAUCAAAGAUUGCUGGUCUACAUAUGCGUAGGAACUGGUCACCACACUAGGGGAACGCGCACGCCUGCUAGACUCCCGACUGCUGUUCAGCGCUACUUGCUGGAGGAGGAGGGUCUCGACUUUUCAGAGCCGCAACCUGGGCUCCUCCGAGUUGUUAUAUACUGAACCAGGAAGGUAUAGGAUAUUUUUCACACUGCAUUACUCAGAAAAUCAAAAUCAAUCAACCCAUCUGGGGAGAAAGGUUUCAAAAAGGAAAAAAAGAAAAAGAAGAAAUGGAAAUCUGUGUAUCUGUAAAUGGGGAAAAGGUGGUAGGAUAGUUCCGCAGAAGGUAAAAAAAGAACAAAAAUAAAAAGAGAUCGAUGAAGAAAGCAGAUGUCUGUAUGAUUACUGUGUAGUUGGCUGAACCGUAGAAGAUGUUUUUGUAGUUUUCAGUUGUUUUGCAUCGUCCUCUUUUUGUUGUUUGUGUUACAAUUUUUUGGGGUUUAAAUAUGAGAUGUAACUGAUAGAAUUCUUUCUCAAAUUUCUCCAGCCAUUUGGAGCUCCUUUUCACAAA